UUUAAUUUUGUGUGAAUUAUUUCCUGUUGAAGACGUUAGGUUUAUGAUAUAGCUCACACCGGGACUUUCUGUGCUAAAAACGUUUAGCCAUGCGCUAUCUACCACUGAUAGCUGCGUUGCUUUGCAUCUUGCACCAGUCUGUGGAUGCCAUAGUGUACGUGUCCACAUGCACGGAAUGCCACGCAAACGCAAAAUGUCAAGAUUCGAGAAGUACAGACCCGAAGCCCAAAUAUUGUCAAUGCAAUUCUGGAUACAUUGGAAAUGGAACGUUUUGUGAAGCGAUGACUUGUGACAAUGCAAAUCCAUGUCAUAAAAACGCAAUCUGUACCACCAUUGCUCCAACCAAUAUGAAGUGCACCUGUAAAUCUGGAUAUAGCGGAGACGGAUAUCAUUGUAUAGACCUUAAUGAAUGUGCUUCACCAUCUACGUACCAGUGUCACCAAAAUGCGACAUGCUCCAAUACUGAAGGCUCAUAUAUGUGUGUUUGCAACACAAUGUUUUUGGGAAACGGCACUUAUUGUGAAGCCAAAACGUGUGAAAAUUCAAAACCGUGCGGUCCAAACUCUGUUUGCUCUUUACAAAAUGGAUCUUUUCACUGUAGCUGUACAUCUGGAUAUACAGGAGGACUUGCUUGUACUGAUGUGGAUGAAUGCGCCUUGGACUUGGAUAACUGUCACGAAAACGCAACUUGCUCUAAUACACAAGGAUCCUAUUCAUGUAUAUGCAACUCAAUGUACUUAGGAAAUGGGACAUAUUGCGAGGCAAAGACAUGUGAAAACUCCAAACCAUGUGGACCAAAUUCCAUUUGCUCCAUCAUUAACGGUUCAUUCCAUUGUGCGUGCAAAGCUGGUUUUACAGGAGGGUUAGCGUGUGCAGAUGUGGACGAAUGUAGUGAUGCUUCCUCGAACAACUGUCAUCAGAAAGGCUUGUGCACAAACACAGAAGGAUCAUAUACAUGCUCAUGUAAACCUGGCUAUCAAGGAAACGGAACUUUUUGUGAAGAUAUUAACGAGUGUACCACUAAUGUUCACAACUGUCAUGCCAAUGCUACUUGCGUUAAUUCAGAAGGCUCGUACUCGUGUAUAUGUAACUCGAUGUAUCUAGGAAAUGGAACUUUUUGUAAAGAAAAAACGUGUGAAAACUCCAAGCCAUGUGGAACGAAUUCCGAUUGCUCCAUUAUUAAGGGAUCUUUUCACUGCGCUUGCCAAACUGGUUUUACAGGAGGGUUAGCUUGUACAGAUUUAGACGAGUGUGCUUCCAAUACUCACACGUGUCAUGCUAAUGCUACGUGCACAAAUACAGUGGGAUCGUACUCAUGCACAUGUAAUUCGAUGUAUUUUGGUAACGGAACUCAUUGCGAAGAAAAAACAUGCGAAAACUCAAAACCAUGUGGUCCAAAUUCUGAAUGUUCUAUAAAAGAUGAAAGUUUUCACUGCUCGUGCAAAGAUGGAUUUACAGGAGGACUUGCUUGUACAGAUAUAAACGAAUGUAUAUAUACCUCUGAUGUUCACAACUGCCAUGCCAAUGCUACUUGCGUUAAUUCGGAAGGCUCGUACUCAUGCAAAUGUAACUCGAUGUAUCUAGGAAACGGAGUUUUUUGUGAAGUCAAAUCGUGUGAAAAUUUAAACCCGUGUGGUCCAAACUCUGACUGUUCUGUGAACGACGGAACUUUUCAUUGCAGCUGCAAACCUGGAUUUUCUGGAAAUCUUGAUUGUAUAGGAUUUUGUGAAACUACCUUAUUGACUGUUGAGGGCGAAGAUUACACUUUCAAUGGAAGUUCGUUGGGAAAUAUCGUAUUUUCAAAUGAGAAAUGUUCUUCGGGACGAGCAAAAGCAUCGAUUACAUGUAGCAAAGAGAACGAAAAAUUUAGCUUCAAUGAAACCUCUUUCCAUCUGGUACCUUGCAAUGAAACUUUGUCUUCUGUUGCAGCGCAGGUGAAUUGGGAAACAGCAGAAGCGAGAGUUCUUGAAGAAGGCGUUUCUAAACUGAAUGUGUUGGUUUCAUCUGGUGAAAGUCUUGCAGCAGAAGAUCGUACAGCAUUUAUAAAGAUCAUUAACAUAUCCUCUUCAUCUCUUGCCAACAAAACAGAUGUGGUGACGGUUCAAACGCUCAGAGAAAUUGUAGUCGCAGCCAACUCGAUUGCUGAAUCCUUCAAAGUGGCCCAAGAACAAGCAGCUCCGAAAACAAAAAUAAACCGAACUUUGGUUCAAGAAGCACAAGUUAUGACUGAGGCUUUGCACGUCUUUGCUGCAAAGGUUUCUUUGUCCAAUAGCUCGGUGGUUGUUGAAACAACGAAUAUCCGGGCUGAGGUAACGACCAAUCUUCCAGCUGAUAAACUGGAAUAUCACUAUUCGUCAGAACAUGUCAAACUAUCUGUUCCAAAGGAAGCAAUAGAUCAGGCUAAAUCUCAAACUUCUAAAGACAGGCUUGUUGUAUUGGAAUAUACAGGAAACACUUUGUUUCAAACCUCAGAGAAAAUCGAUCGGGUUAUCACUGUCGAACUCGGUGUGAAUGUCAAAGUGAAAGAUCUCAAAACACCUCUGAAAUUUUCUUCUACGAAAACAAAUUCAGAAGUAGGAACGACGAUUCCAAUUCCGGGAAAAACUCAGUCGCUGAAAUCGUAUCCGAAAUGUACCUUCUACGUUCCGAAAAAUCUUACAUUUUCCACAGAAGGAUGUUGCUUAGUAGGAAACUUGACUCAUCCAACAUGUCGAUGUGAUCACAUGACUAGUUUUGCCAUAUUAAUGGAACACGAAGUCGUUGACGAUGAUAUUGUAUUAUCUGUCGUAACCACAACAGGAUGCGUUAUAUCUGUUAUUGGAUUAAUUAUUACGGUUGGGUUGAAUUUGACAGACAAGAAAACCGGAGCGCGAACAAGUAGACAACGAACCAUAAUAGUAUUCAUACAUAUUUGCAUCACAUUAUUGGCAGUCUAUCUGGUAUUCCUAGUCGGCGUACCGAGAACAGAAAAUCGUGAUGCCUGUACUGCAGUAUCUGCUUUGUUGCAUUAUCUACUACUUACAACCUGGUGUUGGACAACAGUGUAUAGCUACGUCAUGUAUAGAUCAUUGGCAGUGGUGUCUACGGAAUUCGAUCGAAAUUUCCUGAAAAAAUCAUCAGUGUUUGCAUAUGGUUUACCUCUUGUUGCUGUGUUAGUAACCUUGUUCUCAAAUCUUACAACGAAGCAGACUGAACCGACUGGAAGCAAUUACUGUGACGGAGAAGGCCCGCAGCGACAAGAUCAAGGCAUUGGGCAAAAUCUCGCAUCUUACAGAUCUAAAAAUAUGUGUUGGAUAACCGGAAAUUCUCUCAAAUUCGGAUUCCUGGUUCCAGCUGGCAUCCUGUUGUUAAUGAACUACAUUUUCUUUACUUUCGUCAUUUAUUCCCUCGCUACUCGACGUCAAAGGAUGAGAGCCCAUACCAAUCGUCGUAGUAAUGCUCGUGAGAUGACUGCUGCCGCUUCCAUGGCAACUACCCUCGGAUUAACAUGGAUAUUUGGAUAUCUUAUGUUGGCCAGUACUGAUGAAAUAUAUCGAGCUGUGCUGGCGUGGCUUUUCACUAUCACAAAUGUGAUGCAGGGAUUCAUUCUUUUCAUAUUCACAAUGAUUCGAAGAGCUGAAUUACGUGAGAAAAUUUACGAGUCAUUGAAAUCACAUUUCACCCCACUUUCAUUCGACAUGACCAGCAAGAUGAAAGUAAUUAAACAAGGCAAAAAGUAUGUCGUAAAUAGCAGUAGUAAUUCGAAUGAUGAGACUCCGAGCACCACCGAAAGCACAGCUAAUAUUUACAAAUGGAGCAAAAACAGUGUGGCCACUCAGGAGACUUCUGUGAUUGAAGAAAAUAAUGAGUCUACACUCGAUAAAAGAGAGUCUGUAGUGGAGAGUGAACUUGAGCAAUAAACUAUGAUCACAAACUAUUUAGGUUCUGUUUUAACCAAUGGCUUUAAGUUUAGUUUAUUGUGGUAUACAUUUAAUUUACUUUAUUGUAUUGUAAUUGCAGUAGACAAAGACAAAUCGCGUGUAGAAUUUGAAAAUGUUCCCUUUGUAUAGAAUUAUUAUAUUAUCAUUAUUUUAUUGAUGUAUCCCUAUUCAUCGUAUAAUGCUAUUUUUUCCAGUGCAUUAAUGUUUUCAUUUUCUUUAUUGCACUGCACAUGUUUUUAAAUGCUUGUUCAAAUUAUAAUAUUUCUUUUCUUAUAACCUUCUCAUAUUUGAUACAAUAUGUAUCUUGGCGUUACCUUGAAAUUCCUACUUAUUUAACUAUUAUUUAUGGACCCCCACAAAUUUAACAAACAUAUUAUUAAAGUAGUGACAAAAUGUGGCAACAAGGAGGUAGUUAAAAUAUGGCAUUAUCUAUUACAACUUAUGGAUAAUGUCAUAUUUAAAUGAACGCUACUGUUGUCGAAUUUUAUGAAUGCCGUUAUUGCUUCUUUGGAUAUCAGUUAUAAAACUCCGAGUAUGUUAAUAAAGCCGAAAUUAUACAAAUAAACUUUUCCAAUUUUUAGAAACUAUAUCAUAUCUGUGACAAUAAAAGAAAAUAUGAAUAAAUUUUACGAUAAUCUUCUAAUUUUUGUUUCAUCAUUGGCCUUGGUUUUGAAUGUCGCAGCGUUAGCAACACCAGGCUGGUUGGUUACGUCAAUCGAUGCAAAUGGAAUAACGACGUGGAUGGAUGGAAUCUUCUUGACUUAUGUUAGAGAGAUUUAUUACGGAAAAGCACUCACAGUUGUCGAAAUAUUUACUUCUGUUCUUCUUGCCUUUUCUGCGAUUUCACUUUGUUGCGCAAUUACACUCACUAUUCGGACAAUGAUUGGAAAAAAGGACCAUAUUAUAUUGACUAUCCGGUUAUGUAUUGCUUCUGCUAUUUUUAUCUUGUCGGGACUAUCAAUAUACGUUGUAUUGAGAGGAUAUGUAAAGCACAGCUCACUAGGAUAUAGUUUCAGACUUGGUUGCAUUUCUGGCGGACUCUGUCUUGUAUCUGCUCUUGUUGCGGCAGAAAUAGCAAUUCUCAAAGAUGAUGCUGACAAUCACGAUGAUACAAUUUCUAUGUCAUGAACGAUAUUUCUCUUUUGAAUCCAAAUAUUUUGGUCCAUCAAAUUUCUUCAAAGCUAUAAUUUUUCAGAAUAUUAAAUUGUUUCAAUAAAUAG